AUGGAUUCAGAAGUGGUGUUUGAUAAUGUGAAAUUUGAAAAGGCAAAGGCGAUUGCGCGGAUUAAUCGGUUUCGGAAAAUUAACAAGAUAUGGCAGAUUUUAGAAGUUUUCUUGCUUUUUGCGUUGGUGUCGUGGUCGUCGAAGCGUGUUCCGGNCUUGCUUUUUGCGUUGGUGUCGUGGUCGUCGAAGCGUGGUCCGGCGGGUCUCAGAAUUUCUGGUCAUGUUGUGUUGGAUAUAUCGUCUUAUCUUUUGAAUCAACAUGUUGUUUUUCUGAUCGGGAAUGCUAUAAUUAUACUACUGUUUGUCCUUUGCCGCCAAAAUGAUGCCGGCAAUGUUACAGGAAUCGGUGAUUUCUAUGACGAUUAUGUGCAACACAGUGUGGCUGGUAAACGAGGCUCCUCUAUAUCCGAAAGUGAACGCACUACUCCGCCGGUUAUGGAGGAUGCCGACGCCGUGGAAGUUGGCGGUGGCGGCCAGGAGAAGCAGAUUACUGUGUCUCCAGAAAGCAUGGAAAAAGACGACUUGGCGGUGGCUAUAGAAAAUGCUUCCAGGCAGAUAAAGAAAUUUCAGAGGACUCAAUCCGAAAAACUGAAGAGAGAGAUUGCAGUGAAGCCACGGCGCGAGCUCCGGCGAUCGGAUACAGAAAAGUGCCGGUCGAUAAUCAGCUCCGGCGAGCGACAAAUCACGGGGACUACAUCGUUCGAUGGUGCCGAGAUUGAUACGCUGAGCAGUGAAGAUUUCAAGCGCACAGUGGAUGCCUUCAUCUUCAUCCACAAACUUAGGAGCAAAAACUUGCCGAAUUAA